AUGAAGCAGACCGUAUUGCCUUCCACGGCUACAGGGCAUGGAGUGACGGGCCCUUCUUUAGUAUCUUUGGGUUACCAUGAGAAAUAUUUAGCGUUUGUCGUAUCCUCGAGCCUCUUGGCGGUAACCGAAUGCAGCGGGAAGCUAAAUUACUUGAUGUCUGACUCAUCGACAGUCUUUUGCAUGGUUGAGGAUCUCACUUCGGAGGUCAUAUCUGUGGUGCGCGUACACGAUGAAAAGGACCUGCUUCUCGUUGGAACAGAGGGACAUGGGGUUUACUUGACCACUGUCACGUCACCUGUACUAUCCCAUGCAACUCGUUUGCCGCUCCAGUACACUGGUGAGCAGAUAUUUAGUGCUUCUUUCUUGUCCGUUCCCGCUUCACAGCUUUUCAGUCCCAAAGCCAUUGAACUCUAUUCCAAAACUGAGGAUCUUGUUGUGCUUUCCUCCGCCUUCAUGAAGCACCACGAGACGUCACCACAUCGUUUGUCCUUGUGGCAUGUUCGGGAUGGUGGUUUGAUUUGGCGGGGCCCGAUGGAGCCGAUGAGGGCGAUUUGUACAUUCCCGCGGGUGCCUUCCUUCGCGGGGUGCACGCGAACGACGCUGUCAUUGUUCACCCUUCGCCGUGCGGAGGCCCACACCCUGGAUCCUGAUACGGCGGCCGCGGGGUCAUCCACCCUGGACAGGGACGCUCAGCCCGGAAGAAAGGGCGGCGGGGGCCUGACCCUUUUAAACCGCCUUUGUGAUACUGUUGAGGUACUGAGGGGGGUCGAGUACGUGCACUGUGCAUCGUGCAAUGACUCGAAGGAAUUCUCCUUCCUUGCGCUAACAGCUACGGGUUUUUUGGUAGCUUUUGAUCGCUUUACCGGCGCGAUCAUCCGAUGGAUGGAUUGCAAAGUCAGCGCCGCAAGUUCGGUGUCUUUCGCCGGGAAAGGAAAUUACAUCCUCCUCGCCGGCGCUUUCGCUCGCUUCUUUCUCUCAAAAAAUUGGUCGUUCUGUGGGAAGGUCAAGGUGGAAAGUACUACCUCGUUUGGCCUCUUUCCAGAGCCACAUUUUACUGCAGGGCUGUCUGUUGGCUCGUGUGCAAUCCUUUUUUCGAGUCGCAAUGGUCAUUCUAUCCAGCAUUUUGUUCAGUCCUCAACAGCACCAACGACUAUCACUGGCGGUACGAUCGGCACCAACGUCUCCCUUUCUGGAACUAGAGAACUGGCCACUGGCAGCGAUCAGCACCAAGGGCAUAAACUACGGUUUCACCAAAAGUCUUUUUGUUGCCCUGUGGGAGCAGACGAAUUCGAAGGAGAACUUAAGGUGCAAUGGAUCCGACCAACACCCUCUCCUUCGCCUCAUGGAACAUGGUGUUUAUGGACUCGAAAGUGCCUCCGUCUGUACUCACCGAAGCAAUUUUUGCGUAAGCAAAUUUCGGUAAAUAGCACCUGUGCUGUUUACCAUCCCGUAAGUCGUGUACUCCUUACUUAUGAACUGGACGACGCCGGGCUGGUGGCUUAUUCCGGAGUCAAUGAGUGGCGUCUGGCUGCCACUCUUCCACAGACUGAACAUCUCAGCAGCUUAUGCGCAAGUGACACCACCGAUCUCUGUGCAGGGUAUUGUCUUGAUAAUUACACUGUUUACGCCUUCAGUUGUUGUUGGAAAUCCUCACCUAAUGAUGCACAUAGUACACUUGAUUUAGUGCCAUUAUGGAUUAGACCUUUCAAUCUUACACGCGGUCCUUUAAACCAAAUUUUUUUUCUAGGGAGUCAGCUGUACGGUAACACUGACUACACGUUAGUUGAACUUGAAGGCGGAAGACUCCAUACUUUCGAUAACCCAAUCCUUUCAUUGUGCGUGGUGGGUACGGAUGUUCUGAUUAUUUGUGCCGACAGUUGCAUGUACUACAUUCCUGACAGAGGAUCCCUUAAGUCGCUCAAUUUUUCUUUGUCGUCCCCCCCGACCUGCGUAACCUAUGAACCAAUCUUUGGUUUGGUGGCUAUAAGUGAUACACAUAGUGUACACAUUAUGCACCUCGGCGACGCGUCACCUUUUUGGGAAGUUAAGCAUUGGUUAGAGAAUCAACAAAAACCUCCUGAAGUUGGAAUCAUUCGCGCUUUUGCACUCCGUGUCGACUCCAUGCACGUUGUGUUGAGUAUAUUGGAUACCCAUGGAAACCUGGUCGAGUAUACCCUCAAAGCGAAUGAACUCUCACACAGUUCACGUUUUCAUGCCUUGCGGAUGGUAGCGCGGUCCUUUCGGAGUGGGAAUUUUAUGGACCAGAUAAACGGCAAGGAUCAAACAACUGGCAGUCGAGGUGCUCGAGUCAGGGCUGUUUCUGAGGGCACACCAUCCAACCGCGAGCUGAAGGAUCGAUUUGAUGCCCUUUCUGGUUUCUUUGCAGAACAUAAAAAGCAGCGUAUAACCUCCGGCCGCGCACGCAGCCAAACGUUGCGUUGCAGAACACCUUCAGCUGCUUCUCACCCGACGCGAAACGCAGAACACCCAGCGCCACCCAGUGAUGUCAGUAUUACAGGUGAGCCGGUAAUCAAAACUCCCCACACGGGUCUUGAUGUGUUGGUUCCUGAAGGCGAGUUGUCUGGGGAUGACCGACCAAAUACCGUAUCUAGUGUGAGUAAGGGAAUCACGCCGAAUGUUGGCCUCCUAUCACCUAGACCUGGUACUACCUCCGAAGAUAUUAUCAUGAAAACUCCAACAAGGCUCCUCAAUCAAGAUACUAAGGAGUCGGCAGUCUCGGUGUCGGCGGUGUCGGUGUCAGCAAUGAUGGACGUCUCCGCACUUACCCUUCCAACCGGUUCGCAUGAAAUGAAGGGAAACACAAUGCUUGAGAUGGGGUUGGACCCGAUCGGCUUUACUGAUCUCCUGUCCCACCGCAGUCCUUCCAUCCUGUCUCGAAACGCCGCCCGCACUCAAAUGAAUUCCGAUGCGGCGCAGUUCAAUGCUAUUGUGUCUGCCGAGGAUACUAUCGACAGCAGCUUCACAAACUUUACCAUCCCGUGUUCACGUCCUAUACUUUCCGACGCAGCUAUACAACCUCAAGCCAAACAUCAGGAAACGACAUCCGGUUCUUUUUCUUCUACCUCUACAUCGAAACUUUCAGAGUAUACGCGUCAGUUGCGUGAAUCUCUAAAGCAUUUCAAGAAUAUCCUAGAUCAACCUGAUCUGCGCUUUGAUGCGGAGGAUGACGCGGAGCUUAGCAAACUUUCAUCCCUUUUUAGCGUUAUAGCGACCACGGUGAAAUCAUGUCGAGAUCGGCAAUCCAUUGAUACGUCCGAGAGCAGUUUGUUCAACCCUAUUGACAAUGCGCUACCCAAGAACUAUUCUAUGAUGCUUUUAAACCAGCUGCAGCUCAUUCAGCAGCAAAAUAAACAUCUAGAGCAUCAAAACCAAAUCAUACUAGAAAAGUUGUCCGGAAAAAAAUGA